UUUCCUUUUUUUUCUUCUGGUUUCUGUUACUUUAGAUAGAGAAUGGCUGACCUUAAUGCACUCAGAAAAAAGAUUGAUUCACUAGACUCCACUUUGGUCAAUAUUUUGAAUGAACGAGCUCGAGUCUCCUUGGAUAUUGGUGCUGCAAAAAAGCGCGAAUCACCAGAUGUAGUUAUUGAUGACGUUCAAGUAUAUAGACCAGGCAGAGAAAAGGAGAUUUAUGAAAAAUUGAGCCGAAUCAAUGCUGGUCCCUUAAACGAUGAUUCUUUACAUGCUAUUUUUAGAGAGAUCAUGUCUGCAUCCAUUGCUUUACAAAAAGACGUAUCUAUAGCUUACCUUGGACCUCCAGGUACAUUUUCACAGCAAGCUGCCUACAAGCGUUUGGGUGAUAGUGUUGCUUACAUACCACAAAAGCAAAUUGAUGAUGUCUUUGAAAGUGUAGAAAAAGGCCAAAGCACGUAUGGCAUCGUUCCUUUUGAAAAUUCGAGUUUUGGUUCAGUUGUUGAAACUUUGGAUCGAUUUAUUCACACCACAGCACAAGUACGAGCGGAAACCUACUUAACGAUCCAUCAAUGCUUAUUGUCUAACAGUAAACUAGAGGAUAUCACUAAGGUGUACAGUCAUUCACAAGGUAUAGGGCAAACACAAAAAUGGUUGUCGACACAUUUGCCCGCGGCUAGACGCAUUAGCGUGCAGUCAACAGCAGAAGCUGCUAAAAAGGCGGCUCUUGAAACAGGAGCUGCAGCAAUAUGUAGUGAGAUAUGUGCUGACAUAUACGGGCUGGAAGUAGUGGCAAAAAAUAUUGAGGAUGUUGCAGCUAAUACGACACGCUUCCUAAUUAUUGGUACAGCAAGUGAUUCACCAACGAAAGAUGAUCAUACACUUAUCAGCUUCACAGUAGAUCACCGCCAACCCGGUGCCCUAUGUGAUGGCCUGAAAGUGUUCAAAGACUAUGGCCUUAAUCUGUUCAAAAUUGAUUCGCGUCCAAACGGCCAACGUCUGUGGCAUUACGUAUUCUUCGUUGAAUGUUCGGGUCAUUAUGAAGAUGAGGAAAUCAAACAAGCUCUGAAGAAGUUGGAGGAAUAUUGCUUAGAUAUUGUUGUGUUAGGUAGUUUUCCUAAUCAGAGAAUCGAAUAAAGUAGAGAAGGAUUAUGCACCCUCGAAAAUUUGGCAUGACACGAUCGUUGGCAUGUUGCUACUGAUAUCGGUAUGGCAUUAUCCGUGUGGUCUUUUGUUGCUGUAUCAUUUUGUUUGAUUGAACGUGAAAUGCGCGCUCUGUUGUCCACGAGAAGAGGCAGCUAUUAAGUUGGUUCUUCACUUUAUUCUUGGUGAGGCUCGGAAUCGUACUGAUUAUUGGAAAUUGAAAUGGAAAAAAGGGG